CGACGCUUUUUUUAUGUUUAGUCUCCGACUAAUUUUUUUCUUAAUUCGGGACAAAAUAAAUAUUUGACGGUGUAUACUAAAUAAUAAUAAUAAUUCUUAAAAGUAUUGAUGUGCUUGUGCUUUUAUUGAAAAUGACUAGUAAGCUAGCUCUUACUGAAGAAAAUGUUAAACGAAUUAAAAACAUUGAAGAUUGUUUUGGUAGUUCAGGGCAAAAAUUAUACAAAAGUGGUCGUGCACUGGUUGGUGAAGGUGUAUUAACAAAGAUAUGUAGAAAAAAACCAAAGCCAAGACAGUUUUUUCUCUUUGAUGAUAUUCUUGUUUAUGGCAACAUCCUUCUCAGCAAAAAAAAGUACAACAAGCAACAUCUUCUGCCUCUUGAAGAAGUAAAGAUCGUUAGUCUUGAUGAUGACUCAAAUUUUCGAAAUGGUUGGCAAAUUGUUAGUCCUUCAAAAUCAUUUGCUGUUUAUGCUGCUACACCAACAGAAAAAGCAGAGUGGAUGGCACAUAUAAAAAAGUGCAUAGAACAGUUACUUGAAAAAACUGGCAAGAAACCUUCAGGUGAUGAAGCUGCUGUGUGGGUACCUGAUCAAAUUGCUCCAUUCUGCAUGCUUUGCAAGAAAACAAAGUUUUCUGCUAUUAUUCGAAAGCAUCACUGCCGUCGAUGUGGUUUGGUAGUAUGUAAUAGUUGCUCAUCUAAAAAAUUUUUAAUUCCCCACAUUUCAGCAAAACCUGUUCGCGUAUGCGAUCAAUGCUUUACAAAAAUGUCUAGUGGACAGGUAAAACCAGAUGACCCUGUUGUAAAUGAUGCAAAUAAUAUGACUCAUAAAGUGGAAACUGGCUCAUUUAAUUCAAUCACUCGAAAAGAAAGCGAGAAGUUAGCAGAAAGUGGUUCUUCUGCUGAUGAAUCUGAAGAAGAUGAUACUAAACGAUAUGAUGAUAAUAGUAAAAAAAUUGAAGAUGAUAUUAAAAGUGAAGAAAUACAGAUUUUUAUCAGUGAAGACAAGAUCAACAAGUUUACUUACAAAAAGAUGUUGUUAAAGUGUUCAUGCCGACUUUUUAUAAAAUAAAUAACGAGGUCGUUGAAACCGGAAAUCGUCCUUUGUCUGUUAAUGGUUUGACGAAAGAUUCGUUGCAAUCAAAUCCAUUAACUAUUAUCUAAAUAAAUAGAAUCUAUGUUGCAAUACGUUUAGCUGAUGUUGCAAUACGUUUAGCUGAUUUUUCGAGCAUUAUAGUAUUUUUUAUUAUCACACAUAAAUUUAAAAAAAGAAUUACAUUUGUAAUAAAAAUUUGUUUUGUUACUGUUUCUUUUAUAGCAUUACAGAAUAUAACCAUGUAUUUCGAUAAUUCUAUAUAUUUUUUUACGUAUAUUUUUUUAAUAAGUUUUUCUAUCGUUAUUUAUUAAAUGUUAAUAUAAUCUUCGUACAAAUGCUGUAAUAACAUUUUCGUACAUUUUUAAGCAAUGCAUGUAUCUUUCGAAUAUUACGAUAGAUUAAUAUUUUUAA